CAAAAUCCCAGACCACCUUCUCCUUCCCACUCCAUUCUUUCUCUGUCAGGUCGCCAGGGUUUUGAAAUUCCCCGCCAUCACAAAAAUCCCCCUUCCCCUUCACUCUCUAGCGUUUGCUUCCGUCGCAGCCAGUCAAAGAGCUUUCUGCGCUACCUGAUACCUUGAUUGAACUCCAAGCAGGUUCGCUGAUUCUAUCAACUUCCCGCUUAGCAGUAAGUCAAGGAACGGUUCCAGCGAUUGGCUCUUUUCACUAGCUCCUAUUUGGGCGACAUGGGAGACCUGCCAAGGGAGGAUAAUUCGAACACUCUUCGGGUGCUUGUGGCGACGGACUGCCAUCUCGGUUACAUGGAGAAGGAUGAAGUACGGAGGCAUGAUUCUUUCCUAGCAUUUGAGGAGAUAUGCAAAAUAGCGGAUGAAAAGCAGGUUGACCUUGUGCUCCUUGGUGGGGACCUUUUUCACGAAAACAAGCCCUCAAGAACAACAUUAGUUAGGGCCAUUGAGAUCCUCCGUCGGCAUUGUUUGAAUGAUCGACCAGUGCAGUUUCAAGUUGUCAGCGAUCAGACCGUGAAUUUUGCGAAUCUAUUUGGCCACGUAAACUAUGAAGAUCCUCACUUCAAUAUUGGUCUUCCAGUGUUUAGCAUUCAUGGAAAUCAUGAUGACCCUGCUGGUGUGGACAACCUAUCUGCAAUUGAUAUCCUGUCAGCCUGCAAUCUCGUGAACUACUUUGGGAAAAUGAUUCUUGAGGGUUCAGGGGUUGGUCAAAUAACACUGUAUCCCAUCCUUAUAAAGAAGGGUUCGACGAAUGUUGCUUUGUAUGGGCUUGGGAACAUUAGGGACGAGCGGCUGAAUAGGAUGUUUCAGACUCCACAUGCUGUACAAUGGAUGAGGCCUGAAGUUCAAGAAGGUUGCGAGGUUUCUGAUUGGUUUAAUAUCCUGGUACUUCAUCAGAACAGGGUGAAGACGAACCCAAAGAAUGCAAUAAAUGAACACUUUCUGCCAAGGUUUCUGGACUUCAUUGUGUGGGGCCAUGAACAUGAAUGUCUAGUUGAUCCCCAGGAAGUUCCAGGCAUGGGAUUUCACAUCACACAACCGGGUUCUUCAGUAGCAACAUCACUGAUUGAUGGAGAAUCAAAGCCUAAGCAUGUUCUGCUUCUAGAAAUUAAGGGAAAUCAAUAUCGUCCAACCAAGAUACCUCUGACAUCAGUGAGGCCCUUUGAGUACAGUGAGAUCGUGCUGAAGGAAGAAGAGGAUAUCGACCCAAAUGACCAAAACUCAAUUCUUGAACAUUUGGACAAAGUGGUCAGUACUCUGAUAGAUAAGUCUACGCGAAAUGCCAUUGGCAGAUCUGAGCUCAAGCUUCCACUGGUCAGAGUCAAGGUGGAUUAUUCUGGAUUUAUGACAAUAAAUCCUCAGCGAUUUGGGCAGAAGUAUGUCGGAAAGGUUGCUAAUCCUCAAGAUAUUCUUAUUUUCUCAAAGGCUUCGAAGAAGGGUCGGAAUGAGUCUGUAAUAAGUGAUGCUGAGCGCCUUCGUCCAGAAGAAUUAAAUCAGCAAAACAUAGAGGCUCUAGUAGCUGAAAGUAAUCUGAAAAUGGAGAUCCUUCCUGUCAACGACUUGGAUAUUGCACUGCACAAUUUUGUUAAUAAAGAUGACAAAAUGGCUUUCUAUACAUGCGUGCAACACAAUAUCCAAGAAACACGUAGUAAACUUGCCAAGGAUACAGACGGCGAAAAAUUUGAAGAGGAUGAUCUCAUUCUUAAAGUUGGAGAAUGCUUAGAGGCAAGGAAGUUCUAUAAACUUCAUUACAUAUUUUCUGAUUGCACUGGUACUGUUAAAUUAAGUUUGAUGUUUCCCUCUGUGUCGUUUGAACGUGUAAAGUCGAGGUCUCAGCAGCCCCAUGAUAAUCUUAUGUCCUCAACUAGUGCACAGUCAACGGAGGAUUUCAGAAGUACAACUGCACCAGGAAUGGGAAAUGAGGUUUCCUUUAGUGAUGAUGAAGAAACAACCCAGGUAUCUGGGGCAAAGUCUACAGCCAGGGGCAGGAAAGGGACUACUACUCGUAAAGCUUCAGAAGCCAGCAAGAGCAAGACUUCCACAAGAGGAAGGGGUAGAGGCAGAGGCUCUACAAGUAGUUUGAAGCAGACAACUCUUGAUUCUGCUCUAGGUUUUCGGCAGUCACAAAGAUCUGCUUCAGCUGCAGCAACUGCUGCAGUGAGAAGCAUUGCUGACGUGGAUGAAGACGUGAAUUCCGCUUCUAGUGAAGAGGCAGAAGUACAAGAAAUUAACGAUAGUGAGGACGAUGAUGAACCGGUCAGAGGCAAAGGGCGGAAAAGAGCGGCAGCACCAAGAGGAAGGGGUAGAGGGACUGCAACAUCAAAACGUGGAAGGAAAGCAGACAGCCCGGCAGGGAUCAAGAGAAUGCUAAUGAGCAAAGAUGAUGAAGAUGACGAUGAUGAUGAAGAUGACAGGACUAAGCAAUUGAACAAGUCCCAAACACGGGUAACAAGGAACUAUGGGGCCUUACGAAGGUGAAACCCGAGAAGAAUGAAGGACCCUGUUGCUGAUUCUAGCUGUGGGAAUGGAGUGCGGCUGAUCAUGUGUUGAUCUCGAAUUCCAGCCACGGUACUAAAAACUGAGAGCGGCACAUUUGUUGUGCUCGUAGUGUUGUAUCUGGUAAAACCGAACAAAUGAUGCUCAAAUUUUGUCUCCGAAGUCCGAAGUAGUGUCAACGAACCUAAAUGCAGAUGCGAUUUAACCAAAUAUAUAUCAGAAGUACAACUAGGAUCGGUAUGAUUCGCCAACUUGCUUGUGAAAGAGCUAGUCAGAAAGAUACAACUCUUUCUGAAGAGUUAGCAGUGUGUAUCUGGCCUACCACCAGCCUGCAUACAGUUUCAUUUGAGGUGACAACGUCCACUGGACCGGAUGCUUAAAAUGCGAGAUAAAGCUACUGCC